ACUCUCAAGCUCCGAGAAGUGGCAUCCAUGUAUUUCACAGUGGUGGCAGUCUUCCUGGUCAUCUUAGUGGUUGCCCUACAAGGCAUGGAUCCAGCUGAGGAUUACUUCCCUUACAAAGUGCCUUUGGAUCCCCGAGGUACCUUGGAGCUCUCAUGGAAUGUCAACUACCACCAGGAAGAGGUGGAUUUCCAGCUCUUGGUCAAAGAGCUGAAAUACGGGCUUCUCUUCGGCAUGUCAGAUCGAGGAGACUUUGAGAAUGCCGAUCUUGCUGUCCUUUGGAGCAAUGGGCUCCAGUCUUAUUUUGCGGAUGCAUGGAGUGACCAACACGGGAAGCUGCACAUGGACUCCCAACAGAACUACAAGCUUCUUCAAGCCCAGAAAACCCCAGCAGGACUCUCUCUGCUCUUCAGAAGGUCUUUCAGCACCUGCGACCCAAAAGACUAUCUCAUAGAGGAUGGCACAGUGCAUCUUAUCUAUGGGAUUCUGGAGAAACCAGUCCUUUCCCUCCAAGCAAUCAAUGUGUCUGCAGUCCUCCAGAAAGGACUGCAAAGGGUGCAGCUCCUGAAACCCCAGGUCCACAUCCCCCAACUUCCAGACGACCUGAAGGCCUUGGAAAUCAGAGCCCCUGAUGUAGACAUUCCCAGCCAGGAGACCACCUACUGGUGCUUUAUACAGGAGCUUCCCGAUGGCUUUGCAAAGCACCACAUUGUAAUGUACGAGCCUGUCGUCACAGAGGGGAACGAAGCUCUUGUCCACCACAUGGAAGUCUUCCAGUGCGCUCCGCAGUUCAACACCUUCCCACAUUAUAGCGGGCCUUGUGACUCAAAGAUGAAGCCAGAGCGCCUCAACUUCUGCAGACACGUGCUGGCUGCCUGGGCCAUGGGCGCACAGGCUUUCUACUAUCCAGAGGAUGCUGGACUGGCCUUCGGAGGGCCUGGAUCCUCCAAGUAUCUGCGCUUGGAAGUUCACUACCACAAUCCUCUGGCACUCAAAGGUCACCAUGAUUCCUCAGGCAUCCGCCUCUACUAUACAGCCUCGCUGAGGCCUUAUGAUGCCGGCAUCAUGGAACUGGGCUUGGUCUACACCCCAGUGAUGGCAAUCCCACCAGGCGAAAGCCAUUUCUACCUGACGGGGUACUGCACUGACAAAUGCACUCAGAUGGCUUUGCCACCUGAUGGGAUUCAUAUUUUUGCCUCUCAACUCCACACUCACCUGACUGGGAGGAGAGUGGAGACUGUGCUGUCACGGGAAGGAAAAGAGCAGGAAAUUGUCAAUGCUGAUGCCCACUACAGCCCUCACUUCCAGGAGAUCCGUAUGUUAAAGAAACUGGUGUCGGUCUUCCCAGGUGAUGUCCUGAGAACAACUUGCAUGUACAACACCGAGGACAGGACCCAAGCGACUGUGGGUGGUUUUGGCAUCAUGGAGGAGAUGUGUGUCAACUACAUCCACUAUUAUCCCCGGACACAGCUGGAACUGUGCAAGAGUGCCGUCGAGUUGGGCUAUCUGCACCGCUAUUUUACGCUCGUGAACAGGUUUAAUGAUGAGGAUAUCUGCACAUGUCCAGAAACAUCUGUCACCCAGCAGUUUUCCUCUGUUCCAUGGAAUUCUUUCAGCAGAGAUGUUCUCAAAUCCUUGUAUGACUUUGCUCCAAUUUCUGUGCACUGCAACAAAUCCUCUGCAGUCCGUUUUCCGGGAGAAUGGGAGAAGCAGCCACUGCCAAAGAUCAUGGAGGCACUGCCAGAGCCUGCCCUGCACUGCGACCGCAGCUUGGGCCACCCUGCAGCUUCCCCAACUGUGGUCCACCUUCACGAGGCAGAGGCGAAUUAAGAGCUGGGCCUGACCUGGUGAAGGCAGCCGUCAGCUUGCUUCAGCCCAACCUGGAUCUCUCCCACUGCAGCAGCUGCCCAAGACUUACAGCCCCACUUGCAACUUGGAUCAUUAAACUAACUAUGUUCUACUACAGUCCAUGGAAGGACCGCAGCACUUGGUUUAAUCAUAGCUACCCGCUUAUUUGUGCCAGGGAUAAAGGGUGGGGAACCGAGUGGAUGCCCGUUUCACGGAAGGUCUGCCAUUCUGGCCUUGUUGAAAAUCUGCAUGUCUCUGGAGGAGGAGGAGAAGUGUAGCUGGUGAUGACAGCAUUAAGAAGUCUUGCUCACUGAGGAAAGGGGCUUUGGAGGAAAUCCCCCCCCCACCAAAAAACAUUGUGUUCAGCAGUGCUUCUGGGUUCUCCUACCCCAAUGACUCCAGUUUCUGCAGUGAGACGUUUUAUCCUUCCUCAUUUGUGCUCCAAGUUGCACCCAUUCUUCCACCUUGGACCAGUGGGAAUCCCUCAUCUUCAUUUUUCUCCAGCUGUGACCUGUGCUCAAGCAUUUCUGCCUGUCUGAUGUACAAGGAUGGGUAUCCACAUCAAAUCUUUCUAUAAACCCUGAUGGCAAUCUAAAGCUGGGUCAGUUCUUUGUAUAUUCGGUUACCCAAUUUCCUCUUUUUGUUAUUGUUAUUAAUUUAUGAAUUACCGGAAUGCCUGUUGGAAAAUGCCCAUUUUUUUUCAGAAGCCCAGUGGGGUGGUGUGCAGAGGGCAGACACUGUGCCACUAAGGGCCUAAUUGCACCAUGCCUCCACGACACUUCCCUCUCUUCCCAGGAAAUGCCUGUGCAGAAGGACAACAGGGGCCACAAAGAUGGGCACUCUCUUUCCCAGGCUCUAUGCAGUGGUUCAGUUUGGAGGUUUCUCCAAUCCAGACCUUGUGCUCUGUGACAAAGCCCAUGUGUGUGCUGGGCUAAUGAAGAAGACCACGAAGAACUUGGAAAACAGGAGAAGUGCCAGACAACAAGAGAAGGGCUAAUGUUGUCCCUAUCUUCAAAAAGGAGGAAAAAGCUGGCAACUAUAGACCAGUUACUCUGACAUCUAUCCCUGGAAAAAUUCUGGAGCAAAUUAUU